CCAGAAAAUGUUUACAAUUCCAAUUAAUUACCGUACAGUCGGGUAUUUAUCAUUAUAAAUGAAAUUUAAACAUCACUUACGGAUAUAUGCAGACGAAAACCCCUUUUCCGCUACUCGCACGUCCAAUUUUUCCGAAAAACAAUAAACUUUUAGUGCUUUUCUCCCGUGCCAUUGGCAACGAACAUCUGGAAAAGUGAGAUGAUUUUCAACACGUAAUGACAAACACACACAACAAGUGUUCAAUAUUAAGGUCUGCAGUGACUUUUUGAAGUACUAAAUCACCAAUCAAACUUUGCCUAAAAUCGUAAAAAAAACGACCUACGUGUCUUUCUCAAGUAUUUCAGAUCAUACAAUCUGCUGCAGAAGUGAUAAUACAACACCACCGCUAAAUAUUCUAUCAACCUCUGAAACCCCAAAAAAAGUGAGGUUAUGUGCCACAUCUUGUGGUUAAAGACAUGCUAAGAUGAGCUCAGUCGAACGACAGGAAAAAAUCAAAGAACUCGACGAAAAGUACGGAGCGGAUUUGCUCGAUUACGAAAAAUGCAAAGAAAUCUACAACAAUUUGAAGAAGGAAAAGUCUGACAUAGAAAAACAGUUAAAUUUGCGAGACGAGUCGUCCCUGGUUGGCAAAAUAGUCAAAGAUGCAGAAGUCGUUGGUGAAAAAACCAAACUACACAUCGAGCGGUCAGAAAACGUGAUUGAAGAAAUAAGAGUCAAUUUAGUCGAGGUUGAAGAUGUCAGGAGAGACGUGCAGAAACGUCUGGACAAACUGCACGCCUUACAAACCACCCAUCAGUACAUGAAGGUCGUUGAUAGGAUUGAAUUUCUGAGUGAUGAGUUGGAGCGCGAGGUUAAGAAAAAAGACGACGAGCAGUGCGCCACCAUUUUCGCCAAUUUGUGCGAAGUUAGCCGAAAUUUGACGGAUUUCCACGGUGCCAACUUGAAGAAGUACCUCAAGGACACGCUACACUACUGGCACAACAUACUCAAAGAGAAACUGUCAAAGGACUUUGACGACAUAAUGAAAGCCUUGAAGUGGCCGUUCGUCAACGCCAACUUCAGUCUACAAACUCCUUCCUCUAAUAAUAUUUUAAAAUUACAAAUCGUGGCUGAGUAUCUGCUCCAGAUUGAGCUUCCGAGCGAGACUGUGGACCCCCUGAUCACUUCGGCGCUCUUGAGUGACUUUCCGCCUCUUUGUUUACCCGUUUCGCUUUUAAUUCAGCCUUUGAAAAAACGCUUUUUGUAUCAUUUUUAUGGGACUCGUCAGACGAAUCGUUCUGAUAAGCCCGAGUGGUAUUUUACGCAAAUACUGACCUGGAUUAGGGACCACGCGGAUUAUUUAACUAAGUGGGUGCAACCCGUGAUUGAUAAACUAGGGUUGCAUCACAUCGACGCUAAAUUGGAAUUUAUCAGGGGUCUUGUGCAGCUAGCAGUCGAGAAAUUGUACUCAGACUUGCCGAAUUUACAGUUCGAUGAUUUUACCUUUUCUCAUUCCAUAGAUGAAGCGUUAGGGUUCGAUAAAGAAUUACGUGAAACUUACAGCUAUCCAGCCACACAACCCAGUAUUCUAGCGGUUUUAACACAAGCUAAAGUCAUAGUCAAGUGGAUGGCUAUGGAAAAAAAAUACGCUACUGAAAAAAUGGACGCGAUGUUUUCGUCAACGACCGUCGACCCGUUCGAGCCUCUAACCUAUGAUAUCGAAGAUUUAAAAAUAACGACUUGCGCAGACGCUUUUAUAACCCUUCUGCAAACCAUAACCGAGCGCUACGAGUCCUUACCGCAACCAGGCCACCGGUUGCAAUUUCUAGAACUCCAACUAGAACUUCUGGAUGAUUUUAGAAUAAGAUUAGUCCAGUUGGUGAACGCAGAAACCGAGAACAUAGUGGAGUCGAAGGUGGCCAUGAUUGCGAACACGAUCUACUACGUGGAGAACGUUCUCGCGGAUUGGGGAGCUAUGUUGCACUAUUUGAACCUAUACUAUUACAAAAAUCAACACAACGAGCACAAACCGCCAGCGUCUCCGAGCGGCUCCGACGACUACGACCCGACUGACCUUGAAAAUGAAACCGUCUUCGGAGAAACGUUGUCUCUGUAUAGACACAUGAGGCGCGACUUGUUGCUAAAUUUAUCCGACUACGUGAUGUUAGAGGUUAAGUCUCAGUGUAAAAUGUACCGACGGGAGCGCUGGUCCUCCAUGAAAGUCGGUAAAGACAUCAAGGGGCUGUCUCUCACGCCUUCAGCCUGCCCCGUUUUUGAAAUCGUGGCAAAACGCCUACACCAACUCCAGAAAACUCUAGCUUCUAAGUUAUUCACCAUAGUUUGGAGAUCAAUCGCACACCAAUUAGAUACUUUCCUCUUCGAGGAUUUAGUUAUGGAUAAUAGGUUCAACGACGGGGGGGCCCUCCAACUCAAGUACGACGUCACAAGAAAUCUCCUGCCUUUAUUCUCGCAGUUCACGGAAAGACCCGAAAGCUAUUUCGUUCAGUUACUGGAAGCUUGUAGUUUGUUGAAUAUUACAAAAGGGUCAGCUUUGUUGCUACGAGAGACGUUGUUGGCGCUAGAAGGGGCCACGGGGGUGGAGGAUACGAGGCCUCAGGCUUUGAAGGAGAUCGGAGUCGUGCAGUUCUCACCACACAUGGCUGUCAAAAUUCUGAAUCAGAGGACCGAUAUUACUGUUAACAGGAUGGAUGUUGAUUAAUUUAUUGCAUUUAUUUAAGCGUUGUUGUUGGAGUAAUUUUGUAAUAAAGGCUUUUGUUAUUAA